CAAUUAGACAAUAUAGACUUUACUUCAAUACAUCGGCAUUUGUGUAAAAAAAAAAUGCCUGGCGCAUGAAAAUGUUGACAAACAUUUCUAUGUUACAUUUGUAACCCUUGAAGCUGGCUUCCCCUAUCCCAGGUCCGUUUUUACUGCUUUUACAAAAAUACCAAAUUUGAUAUUUCUAACAAAUUUAUUUACCUCGGGCCAACACGAUAGUUACGUCACUUCCGGUCCAUUUCCUGUUUUCCAACUCGCGCUAACAUUGCUAGCAGCCCAGCGCCGAAUGAAUAUUUGUCAGUCCUUCUCCUUUAUUAGGCUCGGCGUCCAUGUUGAGAAGGUCCAACAGCAACAUGUCACACGUCGAAGGCUUGAGAAGGUCCAACAUGUCACACGUCGAAGGCUUGAGAAGGUCCAACAUGUCACACGUCGAAGGCUUGAGAAGGUCCAACAGCAACAUGUCACGUUCAAGGCUUGAGAAGGUCCAACAGCAACAUGUCACACGUUGAAGUCUUGAGAAGGUCCAACAUGUCACGUUCAAGGCUUGAGAAGGUCCAACAGCAACAUGUCACACGUUGAAGUCUUGAGAAGGUCCAACAUGUCACACGUUGAAGGCUUGAGAAGGUCCAACAGCAACAUGUCCCACGUCGAAGGCUUGAGAAGUGGAAAAAGUUUGGGCGGUCCUGGCAUAAACAAUCCGAUGAUGUCUUGUUCCCAGUGAGCCAGCAGACGCAUGUCGCGGAUCAGGACCACCCUGGACAACGUCACCAAAGCAGUAGGAAGCAAAGACCUCAUUUCCAAGUUCUCCCGACACAGGCCAGUUGCUGUUGACGGCACCCAUGCAGAAAAAGUUAUGUCCAAAACCCACAAGGACCCGAAUGUAUUGCCACCACCUGAAGCUGCCGUGGAAGAAAAACACACAGCAGAAGGCCAGGUUGAAGAGAAGCCUUUUGUCGCCGCGAAAAAGUCAACCUCAGCCUCUGAGACAUCAAAGCAAACAAUGCAGCUGUUCCACCCCUCUGGGCUUUCAACAAGCAUGGAUGAGACCUACAAGACGUUGGCCCAGCACAUUAACAUUUACUUUGGCAUGGGGGAAGACGGUGACAGCAGGCCCCAGAAGCACAGUGAUCCCAAACCUCAAAAACCUGCAGACCGCAUUCCAGUUUUAUCUCCAGCGGCAGCACCCAAAAGCACUGAAGCGCCUCCUCCAGCAGAAAGCACAGCUCCACCCGUCCCAAGUUCCACUAAAAAAGGAUUCUCCCACUAUCUCUCUUACCCUCGCCCGAGCGUUCAGGCUUUCGUGGGUAACUACAUCGCUCCGCUGGUGCCCAAAUUCCGAGGCGAUUCCAAAAGCGUCGAGAAAAAACAGCUACCGACAGCCAGUGUGGAGGAAGUGAAGACAGAGAGGGAAGAAGAGAAGGCAGAUGAAGUCAAGCAGCAGCAGCUUUUGGCUCAAAGAGAGAAGAUAAUAGCCAGGGCCAGUGUGGACAACAGAACCAGAGGCCUCGUGAAAGGCCUGCAGAGAGUUGCUGAAAUCGGGCUCCUCACCAGUCGUGUGGAGGAGCUCAGCUUUCAUCUGCUGGAGUUCCCUGAAACACGAGGCGUGGCCAUCAAGGAGAAGGCGGUACCCUGCCUGCUGCGCUUGCGCCAGGCCACCGACCACCGCCUCCAGGCUGCUGUGAGAGAGGCGCUCGCUCUGAUUGGCUACACAGAUCCAGUCAAAGGCAGGGGAAUUCGAGUGCUGGCCAUUGAUGGAGGGGGGACAAGAGGAUUACUGGCUCUGCAGACUCUUCACAAACUGCAGAACCUGACUGGAAAACGAAUCCACCAGCUCUUCGACUACAUCUGCGGAGUCAGCACAGGUGCCAUCUUGGCGUUCAUGCUGGGGAUUUUUCAGAUCCCCCUCGAUGAGUGCGAGCAGAUAUACAGGAAGUUGGGCUCGGAUGUUUUCAAGCAGAAUGUUAUCGUGGGGGCCGUCAAGAUGGGCUGGAGCCAUGCUUUCUAUGACAGUGAAAUAUGGGAAAGCAUCCUCAAGGAAUAUGUGGGUGAUGGACGCUUGAUAGAAAGUGCCAGAGAUCCCAACUGUCCCAAAGUGUCAGCAGUGAGCACAGUCGUGAACCGGGGUCUCCCCCUGAAGGCCUACGUGUUCCGGAACUACAGGCUCAUGCCAGGAGUGAGGUCGCACUACCACGGAGACUGCAAAUACAAAAUGUGGCAGGCCAUCAGGGCCUCGUCUGCGGCGCCGGGCUACUUCCAGGAAUUUGUGCUGGAAAAAGACCUCCAUCAGGAUGGGGGUCUCCUGAUAAACAAUCCCACAGCGUUGGCCAUCCACGAGUGCAAGUGCCUAUGGCCGAACACGCCGCUCCAGUGCGUGCUCUCUCUGGGCACUGGGCGCCACGAAACGGUGGGGAAGAACGGAACCGCCUACACCAGCCUCAAAACCAAACUCACCAACGUCAUCAGCAGUGCAACAGAUACUGAAGAGGUUCACACCAUGCUGGACGCCCUCCUUCCGCCUGACACCUACUUCCGCUUCAACCCAUACAUGAGCGAGGACGUGCCGCUGAACGAGAACCGAGUGGACAAGCUGAACUUCCUCAUGGGCGAGGGCGAACGCUACCUGGAGCGCAACGACGCCAAGCUGCGGAAGGCGGCCGGCGUGCUGGCUCAGGAGAAGGGCGGCAUACAGAAACUGGCCGAGUGGGCCAAGCUCAAGGCCGACAUGUACGAGGGGCCCCUCUUUUCCUCUAAACUGUAGGUAACCCAGUAAGGUAAGAUUACCUGGGGCCACAUUUAGGCAUUUAGUUGGCAUGUAGGAAUGCAACGUCUGAUGUUUAAAUACUGAUCAACUUCAAAAAGACUCUAAUUAGUAUUUUGAUCAUGUUUUUGUGAAAACUGAUGCUAAUUUACAAUAUUGCACAGUACUUGUAAGGAUGUCAACACAGUUGCCUGUUUUAAAACAUUGCACUGGAAAAACAAACUCAUGCACUUUGAAAAAUGUUGAUUCUUAACCUUUUAUUACAAAACUGUACAGUAUAUUAUUUGAUUUGUUGUUUUUUUAUUUAAAUCAAAGGAGUAGACUUUUUUACCAUAGCAGUAAGUUGAAAAUGCAAAAAGGACAUGCAAGACUCUUCAUCUUCUUAUGCAUCUUUAGAUUGACCCUGAAUAUAAGACAACCACUCUUCUUCAAGCUCCGUUUUUACAAAUGUUGUUUUCAAUAUGAGUGACAUAAUAGAUGAUAGGUGCUUCAAGAUGGCUUAGUGGUUAGCAUGUUAGCCUCCCACUCGAGUGUUGAUUGCUUGUUCUCUCUGUACUUGUGUUUUUAUUUCCCUUCCACAUAACCCAAAAUGUAAGGCUAAAUGUUGACUCCAAAUUAUCUUAGACCCUAAUGAAGAAAAGUGGUAUAGAAAAUGGAUGAACAAACGGAUAACUUAUCAAUUGCAGUUUUAAAUUGUAAAAAAAAUAUAGGAUUUUGUCACUAUCUCUCACCGUCACUGGUGUGCGUGAGUGACCAGAAGAUAAGCUCAAACUCGCCUGAUGUAUAAGACAGUACUUAUAUAGGGGGGGAGAAGUGCUAUACAGAUAGAUAGAUAGUACUUUAUUGAUUCCUGAAGAAAAUUCCAGCAGCAGUGUACAGAGUUGAGAUCAAUUUAAAAAAAGUAAAAAGUAAAUAAUGGGGGUUUAAAUGGAAACAAAAUUGAGAAAUAUUACAAUAAUAAUACAAAAUAAAAAGCAACAAUGGGAAUACAAAUAUAACAGUAAAAUAAGAAUAUAACAAGACAAAGUAGGCAGUAGUGACCAUGUUAUGAAAAUGUAUUGCACUGUUAUUGUUUUGCAUCCCCUGUCAUCCUAGUACCCCCUGCCCCCCGCCCCAGAGAGGAGUUGUACAGUCUAAUGGCGUGUGGGACAAAGGAGUUUUUGAGUCUAUUAGUCCUGCACUUGGGAUGAAGCAGUCUAGCGCUGAACAGGCUCCUCUGGCUACUGAUAACGCUAUGCAGAGGGUGACUGGCAUCAUCCAGGAUGCUCACUAGUUUGUCAACAGUCCUCUUCUCUGCCACCGUCACCAGUGAGUCCUGUUUCAUUCCCAUUGUAGAACCGGCCCGCCUGAUCAGUUUCUCAAGUCUGGAGCUUUCCUUUUUAGAUGUACUGCCCACCCAGCACACUACCAUGUAGAACAGUAUUGGGGUCAAUACGGUAUUAUCAGCUAUUAAAAAGCUAUACAAUGUUAUCCAUUAGCAGCCCUACACUAAUUACCACAAAUCUAAUUGAUACAUAGUGCUGGAAAACAUUAGAAUUAUUCUCCAUUCCCAGAGAAUCUGUUCUUUCUUUCCCUUUUUCUUCUGAAGCCUUGUGCUCUUCUGUUUGGUGGCUUUACAAAAUAAACUCAUUAAAACAGGAGGAGUAUACCUGCCUCAUCUACAGCAAAUAUGUCCAACUAUACAUCCAGUCCACAAAGAAGCUGACGAACAUUAAAAACACUGCCUUGUUUUAAUCUCACCCUGAAGUAAAUAUCUUCUUUAGAUGGCAGUUGAACUUUGUACAGCCAUGCGCAGAAUUCUUCAUCUUUUCACAAUUUGGCAACACUGGCUCCUUCGUCACUGUCAAUUCCUGCAAAUAAAUGUCAAAUGUUUGCCAUCUU